UAACCGCAGCGAAGCUCCGCGUUCAGUGUUUUGACAAAGAUGGCUCCAAUAAAAUUGUAUAAAUGCGACGGAAGUCCCCCGGUUCGGGCCGUUCUUCUCACUGCGAAGGCUCUAGGUGUUCACCUCGUCGAAUGUGACAUUAACUUUUUUAAAGGCGAACACAAAACGCCCGAGUAUUUAGCGAUGAAUCCAUUGCAUACAGUUCCUACUAUGGACGAUAAUGGAAAGAUUCUCUGCGACAGUCACGCGAUGAUGUCUUACUUAGUUGGAAAAUUUGCAAAAGACGACUCAUUGUAUCCCAAAGAUCUAUUCCAGCGUGCACUUGUAGAUCAAAAGUUCGCAUUUGACUUGGGAGUUCUGUUUCCUCUUCUAAAACGCAUUAACUUCGCGUACAUCUCCAAAGAAGUUACUAGUUUAACACCAAAGAUGCGCGAAGACGUUGGCGAGGCUUACGACUUUCUCGAAAAGAUGUUGAAGGGCAAAGAAUGGAUUGCUUUAGACCACGUCACACUUGCAGACUUCUGCUGCUAUACAAGUCUAACUUGCUUAGUUUAUCAUGUACCGAUAGAUCCUGUCGCUUAUCCAUGUUUGAAAAGAUGGUUCGAUCGAUGCCGUCAUCUGCCGUUGUUCGCUUCGGAUGCGCACCAAUUUGAAAAGUUGAAAGACCUUAUGAAGGCAAUUGGUGCGUGCAAGGGCGCAUAGUUUGAUUCCUUGUGGAUAGUGUCUGCUACUAAGUUAGUAAAUAAGUCCAAGAUGAACAACGACCAUUUGAAGUUUUAGUAGUAUUGUCUUGAAAUUUUAAUGAAUUAUUGUUCCUAACCACCGACCCUCGUCAAAAGCUUUAUUUUCACUAUUUAAAAAAAUACUGUUAUGAGUCUGAAUAAUACAUUAUUUCUGUGACAGAGACAUAGGCACACCACAUCCACGUUAAGUGGACAGAAUUCGCUUUUCCCUUUGACUAAAAUGAAAAAUCUCCCAAUAAAGGAAGUUAAAUAAUAACUGUUUCAUUUGAAAUUUGUUUGAAAGCAGCUUAAAGUGUAGACUCAAAAAACAAUUGUAAUUAAAUGUAAAAUUAAUAUACAUAUUUUGUAAAA